AUGAGCGACCUUGACAAAGCCAUUGCGCAACUGCGCGCGUGCCGCCCCAUUCCCGAACCUCAAGUCCGCGAACUCUGUUACAAGGCUCGUGAACUUCUCAUUGAAGAAGGAAAUGUAGUGAAUGUCGAUGCCCCAGUCACCAUAUGUGGCGAUAUCCAUGGUCAGUUUCAUGAUUUGAUGGAGCUGUUUCGUGUCGGCGGAGAUGUGCCAGAUACCAACUACCUCUUCAUGGGGGAUUUCGUUGAUCGCGGAUUUUACUCGCUUGAAUCGUUCCUCCUCCUUUUAUGUUUGAAAGUGCGAUAUCCGGACCGAAUAACGUUGAUUCGGGGCAAUCACGAGUCGAGACAGAUCACCACCGUCUAUGGAUUCUACGAUGAAUGUAUACGGAAAUACGGCAGCGCGAAUGUCUGGCGAUAUUGUUGUGAAGUCUUUGACUACCUGGCCCUGGGAGCAUUGAUAUUGGGCGCCACCACCGACGUACCGCCACCCACGACGUCGUCUUUUCACGAUAAUACCCAGUCCGGUCUCCCGUCGGAAGACGAAGAUGUCGAAUCGGAAGUUCUCAACGCGAACGGCGAGUUAUUGGGAAAGACACCGCGACGACAAUUUGCCGGCUUGCCUCUCAAUUCACAAAACCCCAACACGACACGAAUAUCACCAGCUCCAGAUAUCGACAUCCCGUCCCCCUUGGAACCUCCUGCCUCAAGUCUUCCCUCGCAAUCCUCUCCGCCUCCUCCCUCGCUCUUCAAUCCACCGUCCUCUACGACCGGCGCUGUCCUGUGCGUUCACGGUGGCCUUUCUCCUCUGAUCGAGACCGUCGACAAAAUCCGCCUAAUCGAUCGCAAACAAGAAGUACCACACGAAGGCGCGAUGUGUGAUCUUCUCUGGUCCGAUCCGGACGAGAUCGAAGGCUGGGGCUUAUCACCACGAGGGGCGGGCUUCUUAUUCGGCGCCGACAUCGUGCGACAUUUUAACCACAAUAACGACCUCUCGCUGAUCGCCCGGGCCCACCAACUUGUCAUGGAAGGCUACAAAGAGAUGUUCGACAAGACCAUCGUCACAGUUUGGUCAGCCCCCAAUUACUGCUACCGUUGCGGCAACGUCGCGGCCAUUCUGGAACUAGGCGAAGACGGGAGUAACGGCGGCUGCAUUUCGCGAGCGAAUGGUGAUCAGGGACGCAAGGAACCUGUCGGUGGAGAUGGCGCAGGAGGCGGUAGUGGUGUGCUCUGGAACCUCGCGACUCCAGGACGACGGUAUAGAGUCUUUGAAGCCGCGCCGCAAGGGACCAGGGGCAUGCCGGCGAAGAAGCCUGUCGGCGAGUAUUUCUUGUAA